CAAGCGUGGGAGUUCAGGGAAUCGACUGAAGACAUGAAGCGUCUAAGAGACGGAAGGCAAGCUCGGCCCCUAGGGGUAAAUGGUGAUACGACGGGACACCCUAGCGGAGACCAGCAGCCUGAAGUCCCGGCACCUGCCGACGAACCAACGACACACCGGACUCGCGGCUGGAUCGUCGACCCCAAUGGGCCAUCCGCCUCCCGUCAAGCCCAGCUGAGGCGGGUCGGAGAGGCGACACUUCGACAACAGGACAGGAUGCCAUGGUGCCGGCGCGCGGCAGCCAUCCAAGGGUGGAUCGACCAACAAACCCAGGGCCCGGGGACCGACGCCGAAGAGGAAGUAGAGCCCGAUGGCCGCUUCGCAACCGCAGGUGUCCGCUCGGCGCCCAAUCACGACGUCGCCGCCCUGAAUCGCCGUUGGUUCGGGAGUUAUGGGGCUGCCAUCGACGACGACAACGCGACCACGGACACCGACGAGCACGAGACGAUAAUACGCGACGCUCAAAGCCUGGCGUCCACGCUGCAGGACGAAGGGAACCGACACCCACUGGCUCGCGGGAACGAAUGGGACUCGCCCCUUUGGGCCGAGUGGAACCUGGCCGGUCAAGGUCGGGCAGCCACCCCUCUAGCAGUACACGACCCGCCGCAGUUGAAUGCGAGCAUCACGCGAAUGAUGCCACCUUACACACACACGUAUAGAACGUAUCUUAUCGGGUUUCCGAUAAAGAACUCUUGUUUCCCUUCCUCUGAAUGCAACUCGAUUUGAACUGUAAUUAUGGGAAAACGUUUCUCUUGUUUCGUGUCGUUUGCAGCCUGACCGCUAUGUGCCCGGCUCCCCCAUUUUUCGCGACAGCAGCGCGCCCCGCCACCUCAGCCUCAGGGGCGCCUAUAACAGCUUCUUCUUGUGACAGUUGAGAACCUUGACGGCACUGGCGUUCCUUACACAGGAGUCAUCACUGUAGCCGUCCUAAUAGGUGCAAACAUAGCAUUCGAGUGCUGCAAGAGAGGGAGAGAGAGAGUGAGAGAGAGAGAGAGACAUAGAGAAUAUUGAACGAGGUCAUGACGCUGCUAUGCCUUUCGCUUUCGUUUCGUUGUUUUUCAACGAAUGAGCAUCAAGGGCAGAGUCUGCUUCAUUAAAUGUCGCCUUUUGCUGGAUACAAAUCCACACCGCAAAUAUCUUGUAUGGUAAUCCAAGAAAACUCUUUUCACACACCAUAUGAAUGUCAAAGGGUGUUCAGGAGGUAGUCUUUCUUU